GUCUUCACUUUGACCUUUAUAUUACCUAUUCAAGUUGACAAUAAAAAUAAGGAAUUUGAAUGAAAAUUGAAUUUUAGACGUCUCAGCAAAAGGUUAUCAAAAACAAGGAAGUAAUGGCAAGGUUUGAAACCCAAAAUUUCUUUACUACGUUAGACUAUACGCUAUUUGGUAGUACUUUAAUUAUAUCUCUGGGAAUUGGAGUAUUCAGCGCAAUAAGAAAUCGAAAGGAUAAUACAACUGGAGAAUAUUUAAUGGGUGGAAGAAAACUAAAAUUGGUGCCAGUUACCCUUUCAAUUCUUGUUACGUUUGUUUCUGCUAUUGGGAUUUUAGGAAAUCCUGCUGAAGUUUACUUAUAUGGAACUCAAUUUUCGCUUCAAGUAGUUGCAAUGAUAAUUGGCAAUGUUAUGGGAGCGUUGGUCUUUGUACCACUUUAUUAUCCAUUAAAAUUAACAAGCUCCUUUGAGUAUUUUACGUUAAGAUUUGAGGAAAAUUCUGUAAAGAAUCUUAAUAUUUUAAUGAGUACUAUCUUACUGAUAAUACUUAAUGGUGUAGGAGUGUUUGCUCCAGCAAUUGCUCUCCAAUCCGUAACAGGCCUACCAAGCUAUGUUUCAAUAAUAGCAUGUAUAGUUGUUGGAACAAUAUAUACUACUGUUGGUGGAAUGCAGGCCGUUAUAUGGACUGAUGUAUUCCAAUCUGCCGUCAUUUUUAUUGGUUUGAUGACCGUAUCUAUCAAAGGUAUCAUUGCAGUUGGAGGAUUCAAAGAAAUGUGGGAGACCAAUGAUAAAUACAACAGAAUUGAAUUUUUCAACAUUGACCCAGAUCCAACAAUUAGAACAUCCUUCUGGUCCAUUUGUUUUGUUAUGCCACUUCUAUGGGUAAGCCUUGCAUCUUUGCAACCAACUGUUCAACGCUAUUCAGCUUUAACUUCAAUAAAGCAAGCACAAUAUUCAUUAUAUCUAAGCAUUCCUGGGUUUGGCCUUAUCACUAUGUCGAGUACUUUAUGCGGUUUGGCCGCUUUCGCUUUCUAUGCAAAGAAAGGUUGUGAUCCGAUUGGAGCAAGAAUGAUCUAUGAUCCUAAUCAGAUAUUACCUUUGUUUGUUAUGGAAUUAAUGGGUUACAGUGGAAUACCAGGGCUGUUUGUUGCUUGUCUGUUUAGCGCAUCGUUAAGUACAUUGUCGUCUACAUUAAACGCUUUGGCAGCGGUUUUCUGGGAUAGCAUAAUAGCCCAAAGAUAUCCGAAUAUGAAAGAAAGUACAGCAGCCAAUUUAAAUAAAUUAAUCGUUGGCCUCUUUGGAUUGACUGUGUUGGGUUUUGCAAUCGGCUUUCAGUAUAUCAAAGGAACUCUUAUUGAAAUAUUCUUCAGUGUUAUCGGCUCUGUAUCAGGACCAGUUUGCGCUUGCCUCUUAUCUUCGGCUUCAUUUCCUUGGAUCUCAUCUACGGCAAUUUUUAUUAGUUUUGUUGUUUCUUUCCUCUUUGUUUUCUGGAUGAAUAUUGGUUCUAUGAUAUAUAAGUUUACAACUGAUAGAAGACCUUCACCUAUUUUUAACUGCCCAAUGGUACAUAUCAUACAAGAAUGUAUGUCAGUUCCUGGUAUAUCAGCAAAUAUGUUGAAUGGAACUAUUUAUAAAGAGCAAACUUUUAAUUCAAUUCCGUCCUCAAAUGUCAAUACAACUUUAGAGUAUUGUACGAAUUUCAUGAAAAGAUUACCACCAGCAAUACCUCAAAAUAAGCCAGAGGGAUUUGAGAACUUUUAUGCUGUAACAUAUUUAUAUUAUCCUGCUAUUGGAAUCGCAAUAUGCAUCACCCUGAGUUGUUUGUUGAGUUUAAUUCCAGCUCUAAAGUGUCAACACUACGUUAAAGAUCGCUAUCUAUUCGAACAUGCAAGAGCCAUUCGAAGAUUUUGUAAUAAAUAUCGAACGGGCAAAGAGUAUCCAUACGGCUCAAGAGAUUUUUUCGACGAAAAAGGUCACGUGAUAAUAAAUGAAAGCGAACUUCAUGAAAAGUUUCUUAAGAAACAGAAGACUGCUGAUAUAAAUAAAACCCAUUUUUUGUCCUGAUAACGAUUAUAGAGAUUAUCAAUUAUCUUCUUGACAGUAACAUUCAAAAAGUAAUUUAUAGCUGUUUCUUUUUACAUAAAAUAUGUAGUAUAGAUGUAAAGUUUUAUUAAAUCUUUAUUAGAGUGCAUCUUUGAACGGAAAGCCUAUUCCUGUAUAUAUAUAUAUAUAUAUAUAUAUAUA